CGAGAACACAAACAUCCAUCAACUUAAAUAUAAAAGAAGACCUUAGCACCGAUCUAGUUUUAAUCUAUCAGUCGCAAAAACCGCAAUGAAAAUAAUUUUCGCAAUUGCUUUUGUCGUAUACUCAGUUGAGGGCCUCGACUGUGGCAUUCAUAUUAACAAAAACGACGCCCUUAAGGCCACAAUUAACAAAUGUUUGAUCAGCAAUAAGACACUUGAGGAUUUGUGGGACAUGGCCCCCAUGUCGUCCGAGUCGGACUCGAGCUCAGAGGAAGUGCCCCCAGUUGAUGGCAAAAUGUUGCAAAAUUUCCGAAUCAAACGUGCUAGUGUGAGGUUAACCAACACAGAAGCAACAAACGAGACAACCCCCGAGCCCAAAACUGUCUCAACCGAAUCCCAAGCGACCGAAAAUUGCAUAAUUCAGUGCAUUUUCGACAAUUUGCAAAUGACAGACUUGACCGGUUAUCCAGUCCAUGCAAAAAUCCUCGAUGGGUUGCUGAAAAACACCACAAAUCGGGAAUUGAGGGAUUUUUUGCAAGACACCACCGACGAGUGCUUCCAACAAAUGGAUAAGGAAGAUACGAUGGAUCCGUGCUCGUACUCUAACAAAUUGGUGACUUGUUUGGCCGAAAAGGGGCGCUCGAAUUGUGCCGAUUGGCCGGUUGGGGACCUACCUUUCAAACCUUAAUUUUUGUUGUUAAAUUUUUUAGUGUUAAAUAAAUAGGUGCAUACUGUG